AUGGAAUCACAGAGACUUCCGAUUAGCAAUAUAUCUAGUGGAUUGAAUAUGAGCACGUCACAGAAUGAUAAUAAUAACGUUCAAGAUGAACCCAUUGUGACUGGAUCAGAAGAUGUUAGUAUUCAGCAAUUGCAGAGAGAAGUUGGAGUUGUUGGUGAAAAAUGUCGAAAGAUGGAAUCAUUACUGCUAUCAAGGGAUUCGGAUAUGACAGGUUCAUUAGAAGAAUUAUUUAUAACGUUUAGAACACUUUCCCAUAAUCAAACUGUUUUAGAGAAUAAAUUAGAUGAUGCACUUAGAAACCAAGUGAAUACGGAUUUAAUGGUUAAUAGUAUCAAUGAAAGGCUAAACAAUUUAUCAGAAAAUAUGGAUGAAGUUAGUAGAUUCCAAUCGACAUCUGCGCAGAAUAAUAGUAUUUCGACAGAAAUUUCAAGACCAACAUCUUCAGUGAAAAGAGGCCCCGGUAGGCCACGUAAAUCUGCUUCUGGAGGGUUAGGCUCAAGAGGAAAUGAAUUAAACAAUGGUGCAAACCUUACACCAGUCAAGGUUUCAUUGCCAACUGGUAACGUUCAAGUGCCGAAAUCAAAGAGAUAUUUUAAUGAUCCAGCUGUAAAACCGGAACCGGCUAAGGUUAAGGAGGAACAACCACAGUCGAGAGUUAGAACAAUGGAAAAAAGUGUAGAACCAACUAAUACUCCGGUGAAGAGGAAAAGAGGUAGACCACCAAAGAGAAGAGUUGUAGAAACCUUAAUUGUAGCCAAUGAUAAAGAUGAACAGGAGGGAUUGACAAAGAAAGAAGAGGAAGAGGAAACAGCUGAAGUUACGAAUUCAAAGAUUAACGAGGAUGAUGGCGGUAAUGGUGAUGUUGAAGGUGUUGAAGAAGAAUCUGUAGAUGAUAAUAUUAUUAACGAUCAGGAAUAUCGCGAAAAUACUCCUCGUAUUAUUAGUGGAUCUAACGCUAAUGGACCGGCAACGCACGGCUCUUUACCUUCAUCAACGGUAUCAUCGAUGGCUCCUAAUUCGGGACUUAUACCUUCUACCGUAGCUACUGCAGAUAGCACUAGCCUUCGAGGUAAUGAACUUCCACAAGAACAACAGCAAUUAAUAGAAGAUGCAGAUGCCAAUAAUGGGGAAGCUCAAGUUGUAGUACCAGCUCCCAGAAAAAGAAUAUUGGGGGCGAACAAUGACCAAAAGGAAUUAGUUCAAGAUGAAGAAUUGGAAAGACAAGAUUCAAAUUUGGCGGCUGAUGUAUCGACAGAUUCUGCAGCAAAUAAAUUACAAAGAGAACUUCAACAAAGGGAAUUGGACAAAAGAAGAGACUCAAGGGAAAAAAUGUUAGUUUCUAUGAAAUAUAACGAUAGACAAAAGGCUAAAUCAUUUAUGGAAUCCAAUAAAAAACUGUUACAAGCUAUGCGUGAGGAGGAGAGAAGGAAAAGAAUGAGUGCAUUAAUCUAUGACAGUGGAGUUAGCGGUGCUCAACAGAUGCUUUCGGUUACUUUACCUAGUGCUAAACUACAAGAACACAUUUUUAAAUUGGAGGAAAAAGCCCCUGAACAAUCUAAAAAGAUGGGUAUAUCGACUAUGCUUAACGGUGAAGAUUUUGCAACCAGUCUAAGCUCACCAUCAUCUCCAGAAGGUCAUAAACGCCGGAGGUCUUUUGAUUAUUUCAGUGAUGAGCCUCAUACAUUACAUCAAUUGAGAAGAAGGAAGAUUGCUAAUUAUUUAGCCACGCCUACGAUGGGGGCAAUUGAUUCACCUUCAAGUAUAGGUGGUAUGACGGCUACCGGUGAUAUUGCCAAUGACGGUACUAAUGAUGACGAUAAAAAUGUUGAUGUCGAUGUCGAUGAUGUUGACUAUGUUGAAAAUACCCCUGAUAGUGCUGGUAAUGAUACUAAUGGUCAUGUUAUAAAAGGUGGUCCUCCUUUGGUAGUUAGUGGAGGUGGUAAUGCUAAUGGUAACAGCAGUAGCAACAAAAACUCAGAUUCACAAACCUCACUUCUACUGACAUCCCCCAUCGAAUUGCUUUGUAGAGAUGGAUUCUUCUUUCGUAGAAAUACCCCAGAAAAUCCAAUCAAUGUGGGUACAUAUUUGGAAUUCAAAUUUAAACCAAAGGAAGAGGAACUGAUAAAUUUGACCAUGAAUCAAAAAGAUUUUGCUGAUAAGACAAAGCAAGAGAGAAUUAAUGCUCAUUUUUUAAAACCAGAGAUUCAAGCAGAGACAGAAUUUGCAUUCCAAGUAUUGAGGAAGAUAACGCUGACAGAAAAAUAUGUGAAUAGUUUAGAGUAUUUCGUCAUGGAAUUUAGAUGGGAAAAUAAAUUGGUUGGACUUGGACUCAAGUUGAGAGAAUCAAAGAGGACUUGGCAAAGACGUAAGGCGCUUUUCUCACUUUUCGAAUUUUGGAGAGAUCAAUCUAGGGAGAAAAGAGGUUUUCCCGAUUAUACGAUGAUGCAUGCGGUGAAAGAAAUGGAAAAUUAUCGUAUCUUCAUCAACAGGUCAGUCUCUUGGUUCUAUAACCACAUUACAUUGCUGAAGAUGAUCCUUUAUGAUCUGUGUGAUAAUGUUGAUUCUCAGUGGAGAGAAUGGAUGUUUACAAAGGAUAGCACUUUACCCACAUUGGGACAAGAUGGAGUCACAGAGGAAAAUAUCAACGAAGCACUCGAUAAUGUGCUCACACUAGAUUUUCUCGAUGAUGGUACAGAAAAUUCUGAGAUCAAAUCACAUAGCGCAAUGCCUAUGAGUGAGAAAACUACUGAUGAUGAAGUUGACGUUGACGAAUUGGACGAUGAUGAUCAAGAACAAGAACAAGAACAAGAACAAAAGCAAGACCAUGAGGCUAAUAUCGAUGAGGCAGAAAGAAGAUUGUAA